AUGAAAAUUUCAUCUUUAUAUUCUCCAUUCGUUUUACUUUCUUUAUUUUGUCAAUCCAUUGCUAGUCCAGCACAUAUUAAACGUGAUGCUAAAGGUAAUGUGGUCACCAUCAGGUUGAAGAAGACCAUUCAACAAACUCAAACAAAUUAUUACACUGUUGACUCUCCAACUGCAACUUAUACUAAUACUGUUGUUAAUACCAAUACUAAGACAGUCACAAGAUACACUGCUACUGUUACUUCAACUGUUUUUGGUGUUCCUCAUACUUAUACUACUGUUGCUACUACUCCUGUUUCUGCCGCUGAUGUUAUUCCAAAUAGUGAAAAUGAAGUAAAGACUCCAUUGUCAGCUACUUCAGAAACUACUGCUGAUACGUCUGAACAAGGAACAGAAACAACUACUGCUUCUGCUGAAACUACUCAAGUCGCUGAUUCAGAAAUCGUUGAAUCCACUACUGUUGCUGCAGAAGCUUUCACCACUUCAGAAACAACUCCACAAACUACUUCAACUACAUCACAACAAAAUGAACAAGAAACCAGUCUUUCUCAACAAAACACUACAAAUGAAGCGGAGGAAGUAGAACAAGAACAAACUAGUUCUUCCACAUCAUCAUCUUCAUCAUCUACUACUUCUACAUCGAGUUCAACAGAACAACCUGCUACUCCAUCAACUACUGAAGUUGUUCCUUCUUCUACAACUUCUUCCUCCUCAACUACCUCCACCACUAAAUCAUCCACUUCUUCUUCAUCUACUUCUACCACCACUUCUUCAACUACAUCAUCUUCUACUUCUUCCAUUUUAGUUACAUCUACUACUGAAGAUAAUGAAACAGAAACAUCUAACGGUCCAACCAUUACUGGUGGUAUUUCCGAAGGAACUUCUGGUUCAGUAGUCAUUGAAAAUGUUACUACAGUCACUUCUGAUGGUGUUUGUUAUGUUGAUUAUGACUACUACUACGCAAAUGAAUCACAAGAAACCACAACAAUUACUUCUACAAUUACAACCACUGUUACUCUUGAUUGA